GAAUAAUGCUGGAGCCUCCGCAAAGAUCAGUCAGAAAAGGACGAAUGAGAGCCUGGUAAAACUAAUCCGAUAUCAAAUUCGAGACGGAAAUAGAAACGAUGCGAGGGUGCCUGCGAACUAGGAUUGAGCCCUCUGCGCGUUUGUGCCUGCACCGGGAGGGAGGGGGGGGGUUGUCUUCGUUUCUCUUCCCUAUUUCUUAUUUAAAUUCGCUGCUAGUAUCAUCUGAUUCCCUCUCUACAGCACGAUCAUGUUGUCGAUAACCGUGCUGGGAGCCUAUACGGCAGUGACUUUGCUAUUGGCCAUACUCAUCAACGUGGCCUAUCAACUGCUCCUUCGUCAAUGGAACAAGAGCCAACCACCCCUGGUCUUCUACUGGAUCCCCUUCCUAGGCAGUACCAUCAGCUACGGUAUAGACCCGUACAAGUUCUUCUUUGACUGCCGGGAAAAGUAUGGCGAUAUCUUCACCUUCAUCCUCCUCGGGCAGAAAACCACCGUCUACCUGGGCGUCCAGGGCAACGAAUUCAUCCUCAACGGCAAGCUUAAAGACGUCAACGCAGAGGAAGUUUAUAGCCCCCUGACAACGCCGGUAUUUGGCUCAGACGUCGUAUACGACUGUCCCAACGCCAAGCUGAUAGAGCAGAAGAAGUUCAUCAAAUUCGGUCUCACUCAGUCAGCGCUGGAGUCUCACGUCCCCCUCAUUGAGGAGGAGGUUCUCGAAUACCUGAACACUUCGUCAUACUUCCAGGGUUCCUCCGGCCGGGUGAAUAUCUCUGCUGCCAUGGCCGAGAUCACAAUCUUCACGGCUGCACGUGCCCUACAGGGUGAGGAGGUCAGGUCGAAGCUGACGGCGGAAUUUGCCGAUCUCUAUCACGAUUUGGAUAAGGGAUUUAGCCCUGUCAACUUCAUGUUGCCCUGGGCGCCGUUGCCUCACAAUAACAAACGGGACGCUGCCCAUGCGCGUAUGAGGGCUAUCUAUACUGAUAUCAUCAAUGAUCGUCGUCACAGUGAGAAAGGGGCCAACGCUACCCAGACGUCUGACAUGAUCUCGAACCUCAUGGACUGCACUUACAAAACCGGGCAGCCCGUUCCUGAUAAAGAAAUCGCCCAUAUGAUGAUCACCUUGCUGAUGGCCGGUCAGCAUUCGUCAUCGUCAAUGGGGUCUUGGAUUAUGCUGCGGCUAGCCGCUCAUCCAGAAGUCAUUGAGGAACUCUACCAGGAACAAUUAGCCAACCUUGACCGUGAUGGGAAAGAGCUCCCUCCUCUCCGAUAUCAGGACCUUGACCGUCUCCCUCUGCAUUCAAAUGUUAUUCGCGAGACACUCCGCCUCCAUUCAUCCAUUCAUUCCUUGAUGCGCAAAGUGAAGAACCCCCUUCACGUCGCAGGGACGCCCUACGUCAUCCCCACCAGUCACAUCCUCCUCGCUUCCCCCGGCGUAACCGCUCUAAGCGACCACUACUUCCCCAACGCGAGCAAGUGGGAUCCUCACCGCUGGGACAAGGGCAACCAGAAAGACGAUAAUGAUGAUGUAAACGAAGAGGUAGUCGACUACGGCUAUGGCGCCGUCUCCAAGGGCACAUCUAGCCCGUACCUCCCAUUCGGAGCGGGCCGACACCGGUGCAUCGGGGAGAAGUUCGCAUAUGUCAAUCUUGGAGUCAUUUUGGCGACGAUGGUGCGGCAUGUUCGGCUCUUUAACGUGGAUGGGAAGAAGGGUGUGCCGGGGACGGAUUACUCGUCGCUGUUUUCGGGGCCUGUGAAGCCGGCGGUUGUUGGGUGGGAGAGGCGUGAUGGCCAGCGGAAGAUAUGAGAAGCAGGGCUUGUCCUGUGCUGGUACCAUGAUUUGUAUUCAUUAUAAGAUGCACUUAAUAGUUAAUAAACGAGUUGAUUGGGAUCCAUUUUCGGCCCGAGCCGUGACUCCACCGUUUUCUACCAUAUUAGCCGGGUCUAUGCAGGUACAGUAUCUCAGGCGAUUGCCACUCAAAAUCCAGACUAUGCGGCUUGCCAAGGGGGGAUAUGGAGUAUGUUGUGGUAGGAAUAGGGGUCGCUAUGCUGAGGCUGCUAUCCGCGGUACGAGAGCCUCGAUAUACAAAAUUUGACGAAAAUAAACCAAAAGAAGUGAAUUAGGCCCCAACUCCCAAGUUAAACGCCGCAAAAAUGAUCCGCC